CACAUCCCCACGGCCCUGGGACACCUUCACGGGCGGUGACGCCACCACGCCCUGGGCAGCUUUGCCACUGCAUUAUCACUCUUUCUGAGCCCAAGCACAGCCCCAGGGCACUGCGGGAAGCGAGGUGUCCCGACGUGUCCCGGUGCCCCGGGUGCGCUGCGCCCUCCCCUCGGGCCGGGAUGCCGCCUUCCCGGGGCGGCAGCGAACCGAAAGCGGCGUCAGGAAAGGGAAAGCGAAAGGCCGGGUCCCGCCGCGCUUUCGCUUUCAGGGCCGCCGCGCGUUCCCGAGGGUGGCGGGGCCGGGCCGGGCCGGAGCCGGGAUGGCGGAGCCGGGGUCUCCCAUGCGGCUGAAGGAGUGGCUGAUAGCGCAGAUCGACAGCGGUCGCUACCCGGGGCUGCGCUGGGAGAACCGCGAGCGGACGCUCUUCCGCAUCCCCUGGAAGCACGCGGCCAAGCAGGACUACCGGCAGCAGCAGGACGCCGCUCUCUUCAGGGCUUGGGCCGUCUACAAGGGCAAAUACCACGAGGGCACGGACAAGGCGGACCCAUCCACCUGGAAGACGCGGCUGCGCUGCGCUCUCAACAAAAGCACCGACUUCCAGGAGGUGCCCGAGCGGAGCCAGCUGGACAUCUCUGAGCCUUACAAGGUGUACCAGAUCGUGUGUGAUGGCACCCGGGAUGCAGAGAAGGAUGAGAAGGAUGGCAGAAUGCAGCCCACAACCAGCAAGGACUCACAGGGCCACAUGGCCGAGGAGAGCCACCGAGGCACAGCAGGAACGUGCCACAUGCCCACAUUACCCCUGCUAACUGCCCAUCCGGCAGAGCGAGGAGCCACUCUGCUCUCCUUGCGCCCACACCACCUCCACCCCAACCCAGGGUACCACGUGCGGGGAAUCUUCUAUGGCUGGAGCCCGACCCGCAGCCACCUGCUCCCCAGGGCCCCAUCCUUCCUCCCUGCCGAGGAUGUCAACCACUCAGACUGCUGGCUGCACAUCCGCCUGUACUACUGCGACGUGUUGGUGAAGGAGCUCACCACCCGCACAGCCGAGGGCUGCCGCAUCGCCUCGCGGGCUGAGGGUCCCUACGGCACCUCCUGCAUGGAGCAGAUCGAGUUCCCCCCACCACGUGCGCUGGGAGGUGGCGGGUGGACAGUUGCUGUGACUGAGGUUCUGGAGAGGCUGCUGCCCCACCUGGAGCGUGGGGUGCUGCUGUGGGUGGCCCCCGAGGGGGUCUUCAUGAAGCGGCAGUGCCAGGGCAGGGUGUACUGGAAUGGGCCGCUGGCCCCACACCGGGACUGGCCCAACAAGCUGGAGCGGGAGAAGACCUACAAACUGCUGGACACACAGCAGUUCCUGGAGGAGCUACGCAGAUACCUGAGCCACGGGCAGCCAGCCCCACAGUACCAAAUCCACCUGUGCUUUGGUGAGGAGUAUCCCACCAGCACCGGCCGCCACCUCCAGAAGCUCAUCAUGGCCCACGUGGAGCCGGUGUUUGCACGAGAGCUCUUCCAUCACGCCCAGCGCCUGGGUCCUGCACUGCUUAGGGGCUGCCCCCAGCUCUGCACGCCCGCAGCCCCGGGGCGCAUCGCCCACGUCCUGCAGCAGCUCUGCCAGCCCUGAGCCGGGCAGUUGAGGGGACACGAAGCCUGGGGACGCGCGGCCGCGCAGCGGCGAAUCCGUAAAGCCACGGGGCGUUCAGCAGGGACGGAUGCAGAUGGAUGCUGGCUGGAGCGGGGCGCUGCACGGAGCGCUGUAUUUAUCCCCCAAGAGCCCAGCGGAGGCUGCUAGGUGCAGUUGUGCCCAGCAGGGGACAGCCAGCUCUGUCCUGGUGCCUCGCACUGUGGGGACUUGCUGUAGAAAUAAAGGUUGUGCCGCUGACUGCA